AUCGUGCAUCAGCUUGUGCAGAAGUGAGUUAGCAUCAACCAUGGCUGUAAAUGUCCCAGGAGUGAUAGCCAUGGUGUUUUUCUACCUGCUGGUCCUUGGGACCGGCAUCUGGGCUUCUUUUAAGUCCAGAGGGAAACAAAGGAAAAGUGGAGCCACUGGGAUGGAGAUGUCCCUGUUGGGAAACCGGAGCAUUAACUUGGUGGUGGGCAUCUUCACAAUGACGGCUACGUGGGUUGGAGCAGGAUUUCUUGUUGGAAUAGCUGAGAUGGUGUACACACCCUCUUUGGGACUAACCUGCGCGAUGGUGAUGAUAAUAGCGUUCAGCUCAUCUUUUGUCUUUGCUGCCUUGGUGUUUGUUAAGCCAAUGAGAGACAUGAACUGUGUGACGAUGCUGGACCCUUUUCAUAUCAAGUAUGGGAAAGUACUAACAGCUGGAUUGAGCCUGGCUCCAGUCAUUAUGGAUGUGCUCUGUGUGGCUGCAACACUAAUUGGUUUGGGAGGAACCAUGAGUGUGGUCCUGGAUUUGUCCUACACUGUGUGCAUCUGGAUCUCUGCUGCUGUUGCAGUUACCUACACACUGCUGGGAGGUCUCUACUCUGUGGCCUACACAGAUAUUAUACAGUUUCUGCUCAUAUUUAUCAGCAUGUGGGUCUGUGCUCCCUUUGUAUUGAUGAGCCCACACACUUUGGACAUUGGUCAGACAUUUAUGAAUAACUCCUUACACACUCCCUGGAUUGGUACACCUGGACUGGAAAAGGCCUGGAUAAUAAUUGAUGAUUUUUUGUUCUUUGCACUGGGAAAUAUAGGAUAUCAGUGCUUUCAUCAGAGGAGCUUGUCGGCAUCUUCUACAUCCACAGCAAAGAUCACUUGUUUAGUUGCUGCUUUUACCUUACUUGUAUUUGGGAUACCUCCUAUACUUAUUGGGGCAGCUGCUGCAUCCACAGACUGGAACCUGACUUCUUACGGUUCUCCAUCUCCGUAUGAACGUGGGGAAUCGGCUCUAGUUUUGCCCAUCACCCUGCAGCAUCUCACUCCAUUAUUCAUCUCCAUAAUCGGUAUUGGAUCUGUGGCGGCUGCUGUGAUGUCAUCAGCUGACUCUCUGUUGCUCUCUGCAGCUUCUGUCCUCACCUCCAACAUAUACAAGAACAUCCUGAGGCCUCAGGCAUCAGACAGAGAGACUCAGUGGGUGAUCCGUGCUUCUGUGUUGGUAGUGGGCUUGGUUGGGACAUCACUUACCAGCCUGAAAAACAGCGUCCUUGUGUUCUGGUUCAUUUCUGCUGAAGUGGCCUACAUCCUAAUCAUCCCUCAACUAUUUUGCGUCCUCUUCUUUAACAUCACCAAUGGUUACGGGGCUGUUAUGGGCUUCCUGGUGGGAUUUUCGUUAAGACUUCUCAGUGGAGAGCCAUCAUUAGGAUUAGCACCAGUCAUACACUUCCCAGGAUGCACUCUUGAGGAUGGUGUUUAUGUCCAGUACUCUCCAGUUAAGACCAUUUCCAUGCUGUCUGCCAUUGCUGCCAUCUUGUUGUUCUCCUACCUGGCUUCUGUGCUUUUCAACAAAGGACUGCUUCCUGAGAGCUUACUCUGCAUCUUCAGACUGUCCUACACAAAUGCACCACAUAUUUUUGCAUCAUCAAAAACUGACCCCACAGUUAAUCAAAACUGGCAAGCAUUUCAGCAUCAACCAGGACAAAACUCUUCAGUGUUUACUAAGAUAGAAGCAAAGAUUCAGGUGUGUUAACAACCAUAUUCUGAUAUGGUAAUAAAUCUGAUCUAAUUUUAUCAAUUUUACCUCUUAAAUGAUCUGCAAAGUCCUCACAAAGGGAAUCUGUUGACAUCCUGCUGGACUUAUCAAAAUCAAGGUUAAUGAGGUGAUCGAUGGCAUAGAAUAGGAUUUUUGGACUGUUUUUAUGGUCUGUGAUGAGUUUAGAGAAGUGAGCCUUCCUGGAAUUUUUUAAUGCAUUAUAGUAAAUUUUUAGUUGCUCAUGGAGGAUUUGGUCAUUUAUGAUCAGUUUGUUUUUUCUCAAUUUCCUUUCUACUAAGUAAAUCUGAGAAUACAUUAAUAAAAUUAGCACAGUGUUUAGGUGGUCUGUAAAUUGUCUGCUAAAAACAAAGGCAUGGUAUUCAAAGGUGGUGGCAUUGUCGAAUGACACUUCCUUAAAAACAUACCUGUCUGACAAGAUGGAGGCAGUGUCAUCACCUUUUUUGCCACUCAGAGGAAAAAGUGAAGUUAAAAUUUGGUGGGGAAGCUUCAAUGAGGGCAGCUGGUGCAUCUGUGCCCAGCCAUGUCUCAGUUAAAAACAGUCAAUCUUAUGAUCUAAAACAGUUUAUUAAUAAGGAAAGUUUUGUUUGACAGUGAACGUACGUUCAGUAGUGCCAUGUUGAGGGUCACGGCAGUCUGCUUCCUCUGCAGGAUGGUUGAUUUCGGUUUUAUUGUCUUUAAAUUGUUGACGUUAGCUCCAUCAGUGUAAUUGUUAUGACGCCUGUUUGUGGUUACAACAGUAGGAAUAGUAAAAGUGGUGUGACUGGUGGUGAAGUGUCCACCUAGAUCCUGUUUGGCUGGGAGUCAGUCAUAUGAUGAGGUGGAUGAUGAUGAAGAUGAUCCGGGGUAACCUGCAGCCUGUUGAGUGUCCAUGUGGUGAACAACGGUGUAAUAUGUGUUUCCAGAGAGGAGACAUGACCCUUGAAAGUUUAUGUGUAA